CUCUGGGGUACCAACUGUUGUUUGUUUACAAUUUCAGUUUCAAACUUUUUUUAUAAUUACUCACUAUCGAAAAUAUGAAAAAUGUGGUAAUUUAUGUGGCUACAUUUGUCAACGAACAAAAUAAAAUAAUUCACACACAAUAAUAGGCACAGAAUAUAUAGGCUUCCAUCUAUAAAUCAUUCAGAAAUUGGUUUCAGGUUUGAAGGAGAAUAUGAAUGAAAGUAUGGAUUACAAGGAAGCUUGGACUCUUACUAAAAAGGUUUUCCCCAUUCUGGAAGAUACUUGCUCCUUGAUUCAUUUGGAAGAUAGGGCAUUUUCAAAACAAGAUCUUCAAAUUGUAGCUGAAUUCAUAAAGAAAACAAGUUUAUCAAGCCACAUUCAGAAUCUCAUUAUAUCAAAAAUUGAACAGAAAUUGAGAGUAGAAGUAGCUCCAGAGUUUUGGUCAUACUUCAAGAACAACGAACAUGAAAACAAAGGGUUCAAACAGUUUUAUAAUGCCAUAAAUGCUUUAUACGAUUCAUUUAAGCAACUUGAUCAUGAAGUCUCGAAACUUGGUAUGUUCAAGAAAAUCAUCGAGCUGGAAGAGUCUCUGUAUAAUGAAAAUUGUGACCACAAUGCCCUCAAAUUGAUCUUGAGGGCUACUCUCCUUUCAGAGUUGAAUUUGGAUUAUCAAACAGUUGUUAUGAAUUUUUAUGAAGCUGCUCUCAAAAUGGAAGACAUCGAACAAGGAAAUGACUCACAAUGCAUAAUUUGCUCUCAAGAACGUUUACACUGUAAUUGUUUACACUUAUUUCAAGAGACAAAUAGAAAACUUGGCGAAAUGAUGCUGUUGGAACCUUUGGUGGGACAGACGCUGACAAAUUUAAUAUAUGGCUAUAUUCAUUCCCACAUUCAAAAAAUUUGUAAAGAUAGCUUCGAUACAUCUUUUGUAUCAAUAUUGGAAAAGUGGUUACAAACCGUUGUGUUGAAUUGGCUUCGGAAUAUCUAUUGUUAUGAUUUAUCAGCUGCCCUUGCAGAGUCGAUGGACGUUUUCGAGAAGAAGUUGGUUAAUUUUCUAUACAACAGCUACACCAAAAUAAGAAUCGAUCAGUUGUUCAAUAUAAUAAUAGAAUACCCAGAAUCACUCCCAGCUUUGGAGGACUUGAGAUUAUGCCUGCCAAGAACUGAUUUGAAAUCGGUACUUGUUAAGAAACUACAGAAAGCUAUGGAAACGAGACUGUUACAUCCUGGAGUAAGCACCCCAGAUGUUCUGACAGCAUACAUAGCUGCCAUCAGAUCUCUCAGGGUCUUGGACCCAACCGGCUUACUGUUAGAAACGGUUACCCAACCUGUUCAUCAAUAUUUGAGGAGCAGAGAUGACACAGUUAGAUGUGUCGUUAGCAGCUUGACUGAAGAAGGGCCCAAUGACUUGGCAGAAGAAUUAGUGAGAGGCGAAGCUGUCCAAGUGGAUGAAAACGCACCCUCUGACGAGGAUACCGCAAACUGGGAGACCUGGGUACCCGACCCUGUUGAUGCUGCUCCAAGUAAAACUUGUAUGAUUCGCCGGACGUCUGACAUAAUUUCAAUGCUGGUGAAUGUGUACGGCAGCAAAGAUUUGUUCGUGAACGAGUACAGGACACUUCUUGCCGAUAGGCUCCUGACACAGUACUUGUGUGACACUGAAAAAGAGAUACGCUACCUGGAAUUGCUGAAGUUGCGUUUCGGUGAUUCCCAGUUGCAUUAUUGUGAGGUCAUGCUGAAAGAUAUAGCCGAUUCAAAGAGAAUAAACCAACAUAUAAAGCAAGAUCCAGAUUAUACGGAGAGUGAUAUACCAAUUACUGCUAUGAUUGUGUCAGCCCAGUUUUGGCCUCCAUUCAAAGAGGAGAAGUUGGAGUUGCAUAGCAAGCUGCAGACCCAAAUAGCUACUUACAUAACUGCAUUCGAAACUUUGAAAGGUAGCCGGACGCUGUGCUGGAAAAACCAUCUGGGAUUUGUCGAUCUGGAAAUCGAACUGGCUCAUAGGACGUUGAAUUUAUCUGUUUCACCUGUUCACGCCACUGUUAUUAUGCACUUUCAAGACAAAAGCAGUUGGCAUUUGGAGGAACUCAGCAAAGUUAUGCAGUGCCCCCCCACAAUACUGAGGAGGAAAAUUGGUUUCUGGCAGUCGCAAGGUAUUAUUGUUGAAACUACACAGGAUGUGUUCUGUAUCCAAGAAGACCUAAUAAGUAAGGACAACAGUAUACAAGAAGACUUGUUUGUGGAAGAAUAUGAAUCCGAAUCAGCUAUGGCUAGUGCUCAGGAUCAGAGAGAAGAAGAGCUGCAGACAUUCUGGUCUUAUAUUGUUGGUAUGUUAAUGAAUUUGGAUACAUUACCCCUGGAAAGGAUACAUCAAAUGUUGAAAAUGUUUGCUUUCCAAGGCCCUACUAUCGAAUGCAAUCUCCAGGAAUUGAAAGUAUUUCUGGAUAGAAAAGUUCGGGAACAUCACCUGAUUUAUUCCAACGGUUACUACAAACUACCAAAGUGAUUUGAGGACUUGGAGUGAUGGUUAUAGAUGCGACAGUUGUGUUAUACUUUUUAUUGUACAAAAUUAGAGAAAUAACAAUACAAAACCUCUUAUUUAUAAUUACAUCAAUAAAUAGUAAACUGUAA